AUGAACGCCAGUGUUGAAUCACCAGUAACUGUCUUCCGAGUUCUUCAUGUACCAUCAGGUUCAGUUAACCGCGAAGAGCCAGUCAAAGAAGACCUGCGUAAAGUAGUGAUCUUAGGACAAGCAAAUGGGGCAGCACUUAUAAGCAGUUCAAAUGACAAGCAAUUAGAAAACUUGAAGGGUAGUAAUAAGACAAACCAGACAAGCAUUAAUGAUGAUUACUAUGAUUAUGAUAGUGUCAGCCAAGAAAUGAAAGAAUCUAAGAAACAGACGCAAGCAGGAACUUCGGAAGAAAUUCCUGCACCAGAGCCUCUAGUCUUGCCUGGCUACAAUCUUCCUGAAAACAUUUUCAAUAAAGGAAAACCAUUUUAUAUUGAAAAGGACCCGGAAACGGGUAAAAUCGACUUCAGCAAAAAGUCCAGCGAAAGCACUAGUAAAUUUUACGAUGAUCAUGACUAUUAUGAUGACGAGGUUAUGGAAGCUAGUGAAUCAGUGAAACACAUUGCUAAGAUAGACGGGUCCGCCUUAGAGGACAACAAAGGAACUGCAAAUAAUAACAUCUAUGAUAAAAACAACAUAGAUAGGAAAGACGGGUAUAUAGAUAAUAGCUACAGUUCACACAAACAUAGCAACGAUAUUAAUCAACUGACCACGAAUUUCCAUGAUUUUUUGAAUUUACCUGUUAAGUACAAUCCUCAAAAAUAUGUUUAUCCAUUAAUAUCAAGCUCAUAUGCCAGUACAAAGAUACAAGGGAGCGUGAACAAGCUACACAAUCACAAGGAUUUUGAUAGAUAUAAUGAUAAGAAUUACUCUUAUAACUCAGGCACAAAAGGUACAGACAAAUUCGUCCAAACUACCAGUGUUGGAAGCAACAAUAUUGGAAGUGACUAUUUCAACAAUAAUGCUAACAAGGAUGUCUACAAUGGUAACACUAACAAAGUAGUAACCACAAGCUCUACAACAACGAAAUAUGAGAAAGACUACGCAGACUACGAGAACGAAGGCAUGGACUAUUCUUACAAUAGUCAAGGCAUGGAUAAAGGAAAUGAACUAGAGAAGGGGGAAAAUAAGAAGAAAGGUAUGGGCAACCACCCAGACUUUGGAGAUGAUUUCGAUUACUACGACGACUAUACGACAAAUCAGGCUAGCAAAGCUUCUUCUACUACCCAGAAAACAAAUAUCAAUGAUUUGUAUCUCACAACGAAGUCGCCCAAGACUGAAGCAACGACUACAAUGAAAACAACCAUGAAGCUCAAUGUAUUUUCAAUUACAACCACAAAAAGGCCACUCAGUCUAUUUGAACAGCUAUUUGGGGACUAUGAUGAGACAGUGGCACCUGUAACUAGCAGUUCUACUAGCAGCACUCCUGUGUCUACUACAAUCAGCACCACCACUACAACCAAAAUGCCUUCUACUUCUACAAGCACCAAAAUAUCCUAUUCGGAAAGCUCAGAUAGUCAGAAAAAUGGACACGCGAAUCCAAGUUCACCAAUUGACCAGAACUAUGAUUAUAUGGAUGAAUAUAAUGACAAGUACGAACACGAAGACAACUUGGCUGUUCCCAGUGAUAACGUUAUUAAGAAGCAGGAACAUGAAGAAGAUGAUUUGAAAAUUGAGCCUUUGGAUGGGAAUAAUCAAGUCAAUACUCAUAACACAAAAUAUCACGUUGAUUUAGGACAUUCUGAAGAUCACCGAGAGGAAAAUAGCCCAAAAUAUGAUGACGCCAAUCAAAAACAUGACGGAAUCAAAGACAAAGUUGAUGAUACAAGAAAAAUUGUUACAUCUAUGCCUAUAGAUACAAAAGACGAUGAUGAUACAUACAAUGGCAACAGACACCAGUACACAGAAUCUCCAAAGGUUGAGAUAACCUCAACAGUAGUGUCGAUUUCUACACCAUCAACUGUUCCUACAGUUAAAGUCACUUCAAUGCCUUUGGGAGAUAAUCAUGUUACUUCAGGCUCAUCUAAUCCUGGUAUGCAUAUUAACAAAGAUCCUAUCAUAGUUGCAACGCAGAACUUGAAGGAAAAACUCAAUGGAGAGAAAGUCAUGCCCAAGCCGUUCGAUAAAGGUCAUCUUCCACCAAGUGUGAGUAACAUUCACAUUCCACCAAACCAAGAUAGCGUUUCUUUUGUGAUGGGUAAUCAUCAGAAAGUUGGCGACGGUUCGCAGCAUCUGCAAGGAGAAACGUCAAGUUCCAAUGCGGGUGGACAGUACGUAGGGACCAGUUUGAAAGAGAGCCCCUAUGACAGCAACCCAUUUAAGCCAUAUUUUAGCAGCGGUGGACAUCAAAAUGGACAGUACAUGCCUCAAAAAACCAAGUUAACGUUUGCCCCAACUGCUGUGGAAAAUGAUUUUAACCAUCAGCAUCAGCAUGGUUUUAGUGCUAUCACAAUUCAGCCUUUGAGAAACUCUGAGGCAUCGCUAGCUAUUGGAGUUCCGAUAAAUAGUAUGAAGCAGAAACCAGUUGAAAAUAGUACACCACUCAAUCAGAGCCUAUACAAUAAGACAGAGACCGACAGCUAUUCGAAAGUACCAAAUGAAAGUUCAAGCAGUAUGAGUCAGUAUGGAGAACCGAAUGGUCCAAAACCUGUUGAAAAGACACCAAAUACUGACCAACACAGCAGUUUGAAUGGCUUGAAUAGCUAUCUCACACCAUCAAGUGCAUCGGAAGUACCUUUAGGUUCAAAUACUUUUAAAAACACGCAGACUGGCGGAUUUGACAGUUACCAGAAGCCGCCCAGCAUUAAUUCUGAAGGAAUGGGGCCACUUGAAGCACUGAGACCUCCUCCGGGAAGUCUUCCGCCAUCUCCAUAUGGGAGUACUAGGCCCCAUUCUCCUGGCCUUGGAGCAUACCACACCAACCGGGUUGGCCCAGUGGACCAAAAACUGCAUACCCUUGACAACAGAGAGGUCCUCAAGUUAAAUAGCAGGCCCAUGUACCAUCAGCUUGCAAACGAUCUGAUGAGCAGUCCAGCAGAUGGAGAAGACAUUCUUCGUCCACCACCACGACCCGAUUUGAGGCCAGUUGGUAGGCCACCCUACGACCCAAGACCAGGUCAUUUCCAUACUGGAAAAAUCGAAUAUAACAGACCACCUAGACCACAACUGGAUAUGAGCUAUAAGAGAAUAGACAAUUUGCCGAAUAUUUUGCCACAGUUUAGACCGAACGCACUUGGAGGUAAACCCGCGAAUAACCUUGGACCAAAUCUCCCAUUAGGUCAUGGAAAAUAUCCCAUCAGUAAUCCAAACUCAAGGAUUGGAGUCUCAGGGACUUACCCAGCCCUGGAUAGACCAUCCGGACCAGGUUUGCUCUACUAUGAGAAGAAACCAUUUAUAAGACAGCCACUCUUGGAGAGACCUGCUAGCAAUAGACCUAUAGGCUUCUAUGAAAAGAUGCAUCCUCAUCCGGGACACAGAAAUCAGGGUAAGGGUUCGUAUCCUAUAAGAAAAAAUAUUGUCUAUACAAGCAACAUAAAUAACAACAAAGAUAACGCACAUCAGCCUGAUGCAGAGGAAAGAAUCUUAAAUAAAAAUGUAGAUGACAAAAGUAUAGGUGUAACCAUAGAGCCUCAGAUUGGAAUCGCUCCUACACCUCCACAGCCUAAGAUUGUGGGGAGCAGGCAUUCCGACGAUGAAACAGAAAUAGAAACACUGCAGAUGAUUCAGGCAAAGAAGUCGGAGAAGACUAAGCACAAUCAAGAUAACAACACAGAAGACAAUAAAAAGAAUGACAAGCAACUUGUGAAAAUAGACAGCGAUGGACAGGUUGUUACCAUUUCUGCAAAAGAAGUGGACGAAAAUAGCAAUUUAAACGACUACAACAAUGAGGAAGAUAAACAAAAGGAUAAGACGAUCUAUAAAGUAUACCCUAUCAACUCAGGACCUGUUAUGAUGGAUGGUUUAGGUAUCCACAACAAGCAAACACCAGUUGUUGUUGGAUCUCUCUCUGAAAUACCUCUACCACCUUCAAAAAUAUCUGCCGACCAAGACAGUUUGGGGGGAAAUCCCAGUUUAUUAUUCGAUAUCAAGAACAGGAAUGACGAUCCAAUUUUACAACCACAGAUGAAACCAGCUAGUUAUGGAGUUAAAAACGAUUUUCCCUACAGGUUAGAAAGGCCUGAUAUGUCGUUGAGUCAGCACGACAGUAUUUCUGUGCCGAAUCAGUCCAACAAUGACUUAGAGGAAGGAUACACGGGAAACGGAGGUUAUACCAUACUGCCUUCAAAUCAAAUAUCAGCAACACUCAAAACUUACACUGAGAGACCAAUUGCAAUAGCAUACACUCCUACAGAAUCCCCCGGUUCCCACCAGCAGGGUGUGCAACACUUUGUCAAUGAGUAUAUGCCAGUCGACCACCAUGAUAAAUCUCCACAAAAUGAAAAGGAGAAAAACGAGUUCACUGUGACAGCUGUCAUUCAUACUCAUCCACAAUACAAUCAAGGAGUUAAACCAGGUCAGCAGUAUCCGUACAUCAACCAUAGACCUCCAACCCAUGGUCAAGUAGCCGACAUGAUCAACCAUCGAAUUGAUUCGGACGUAGAUCCAGAUAUACCAAAACUAGGCUUCGAAGCGCCAUUCGUAGCGAGUAGCAACAUAGAAAACACUCAUAAUAACGGAUGGACUGUUAUCAGUAAGGAACCUCAGAAGAAUACGACGAAUGGAGAGAGCAAAGAUUCCUCCUCAGUGACAACAAUGUCUUACGCCUCCAGCAGCGAGUUUGACAUAGAAAAUUUCAAACCACAGCUGGAAGGUGGCUUCAAACCAAUAUACAGCCUGACGAAAGAAGAUGGGGAAAGUAGAGAAAGCAUAAAUGAAAGAAGCGAAUGAAAGGGAUGCGGUUGACGUAUAUUUGUCUUUCCGUAAUAGGACAUGUAUAAAAAUCUCUCAAAUAUUUAGGCAUUUGCAGUUUGCGCAGGUGUGGAGAAAGGAAUGCAUUUUGUCGACGGAUUAAAUGAUCGGCGAGUAAAGAAUUCAAGCUCAGUGCAUUUUUCGGACCAGAAUUUAUAGCUUCACUUCUCUUCAACCUAUGACAACAAACAUUUUUAAAUAUCUACUUACGUUUCGUGCUGUUUGUUAUCACUUUAUCAGCGGCUGCGGUAACGGUGAUGUGAUGUCAAUUUGAUCAUCAAGCUUUAUAGCUCCGUAGCUAUUUUAGACUCAAUAUCAGUGUUUUGCAAAUUAAAAAACAAUAAAUUUAUCUGUAAAUUCAGUGUACAAAUAGACUAACAGAAAUUUUCAAUACAAAAUGGGUUGGGUAGAGAAGGGAACAUUUUUUUAAAUACAAUUUAGAUGCAUUAUAUUUGUGAAUGAUAGGCAAUCUAAAUUGUGUUUAACUUGCAUAUUCAGCACUUUAAUGAAUGAACGUUUAAAAUAAAUGGGAGAAAUGGACAAUUCUUGUUAAAUUUGUCCAUUUUUCAGGGUAUUGUGAAAUGUGGUGGGUGUAUUUUGUAAAAUGAAUAUUUUUUGUUGUGGAUACGUAGUGUAGAACAUAAUAG